CGCUGUUUGCAUCGUCCCAUGUGAGGAUGAGAGGCACGUCAUCGUCGUCGACUUCCAUUCUUAAUACACAUAAAACAUCAUUACGUAUCCCGACAUAAUUAGGCAAAUAUAGUUGUAAAGCUAGCUAGCUAGCUAGCUAUGUGGGUACACGGGAGAAGUGCACAGCGGUAAGGAGCUAACGCUAACGUGAAGCUAACAAGUCAACUACCGAGAGAAAACAAGCAAUGGAUAUCAAUGACAGCAUGUCUGAUGUUCUGCUGCUGGAGAGGGAGAGAGACAAGGAUAGCCCACCGCGCUUGUCCCCCAGUCUGCAGCAGGACGACGACUGGGAAGCUGGUCUCGUCAAUGAGGUGCCACAGCAGAGGCUUCUUUCUGCCGAGGCCCAGACUGUCUCAAACAUUCUGGAGAACUGCAUCAGUCAAAUAGAGAUCGUAUCAUCCCUUUCUGGCUUCUCCCAAUUAGCUUGUCCAUGUGGUGAUGUAGAAGAGGAGUUUACCAGACUUCUCGCUGCGCAUCAAAUGUUAAGCGAAAGGCUGGAAUCUUCCAAUGACUUCCAGGAGAUCAUAGGUGGACCGGCGGGAGAAGAAAGUGCCAGAAGGAAAAGGAAGGCUCAGCUAGAGAGGGAAUUCAAGUACUCUGUCAGGGACUUGCUCCGGUUUUUCCGCAGCCACCCUGACACCCUUUUGGGUUUGAGACCAGAGGUUAGCAUUGACGUCGGGGAGAUGGAGUCCACACUCGUAGUGGGACUGAAGAAAUUUCAUGUGCAUAUGAUGGAAAGGUUGCAGACCACCCCAGAAGAGGAAAUUAUGUUAGCCCUUGAGACCGUGUCACCUGACACGGAACUUAUAGUCAAACUAGAAGAAACGGCAGCAGCUAUCAUACAAAAAGAUGUGGAGAUUUCCGAGAAGACAGAUGACAUCCAAACUUUGGAGCGUCUUCUUAAGGAGAACCAGAUAGAACCAGUUGACUGGCAGCUUCUCGCUGAUGAACAAUGCCAGUCCAUCAUCAAGGCGUCGCAAGAGAAGCAAACCAGCAUCCAGCAGGAAAUAGACCGACUCAACAUCCGAAUCCACACUUCGACACUUAAAUUCAGAGAGGGGGAGAAAACACUCCAAGAGAUAAAUGAAAAUGUGGAAAUGGAAAUUGAGUACUUGCUCCAAAAGUUUGACGAUGAAAUAGAAGAACACCAGACUGAACUGGAGUUAUGUCAGAUCGAUGUCGAGAGGGAAGAGGGGGAACGUAAAAGGUUGGAGGAGCCUUACGCAGACCUGGAGAAGGAAUAUGACCACAUCAUGGAGAGGCGGCGGAUUGCAGAUGAGAAAAGAGUUUCUGAGUGCAAGCUCAAGGUUGCUCUCUAUUGUCAAUCAUGGUGGAGGGGCUACUGUACUCGUAAGAUGUUACUCGCUAACCCCAUCAUACCUAGUAGUAAGGGCAAAAAGAAAGCCAAGGGCAAGGGCAAAGGUAAAGGCAAAGGCAAGAAGAAGAAAUAGUCCAGAUUUUAAUGUCAUCGAAUGCCACUCAACUUUUCCUACUUUAGUUUUGAAGCAAGGAAAAGUCUGCUUUAUAAACCCUUUUCAUUAAACUAGCUAUAAAGUAAAUGGAAAUGAUUUUGGUAAUCUUAACUGACCUAAAGCAGGAAAAGUUUAGUCUGAGUCCAGACAGUGGGAAAAAAACAAGCAUUUUUAUCUAGUGUAUAUUUACACUUUUUGGUUGGUUUAUGCGGUCAACCUAUACCUUGUACUAUAGUAAUACCCCUUUCAGGGACAGUGGUCACUACAGAGGACAACUUACAUAUUAUAUGUAUCAUUGAAAUGAUUAAUUACAUAUAGUAUAUUUUAUAUUACAGUAUUUUACUGUAAUAGUUUUCUGAGUUUAUAUAAUGUUAUUAAAAGCUACUUAAAUGACUAAAAAUGGAUGUACACGCUAAAGUAGUUUUUUGUCAUAGUGUUUAAUUCAUUACAUGUCAUUAACGGUGAUAGAUUUCCAGUUCAUUUAAACUGGGAGGACUGGCCGUGAAUGCUGAUCUUUCAAUGCCAUUGGCGGUGCUAGACAUCCAAUCUGUGUUCAUUCGCCCCUCUCAGUCAAAAGGGAUUAGAUGUCGAGCGCUGUCAAUGACACUGAAAGAUAAGCAUGAUGAGUUAAAUGAGUGCCUUGUAAGGGUAAAAAAAAAAAAAUCAUAUUUUUUAUAUGAAAGGGUUUAGUGACCUUUCUUCCCAGUGAAAGACAAGCCAAGCAGCAGAUAUACACAAAAUUGUAGUAGAAAGGAAAGUCUGAGCUUUUUCCAAGUUUUUCCACCUCACAUUUACCAAGUAAGCUUGUAUUAAAGUUGUUUAGCGGAGGAUUGAUAAACUAGAACACAAAUUACCCACCAGUUGCUGUUUCCUUGUUCAACCACAUGAUGGCAACAUGGGACUGUUGAAUAGUGAUCCAACGUCAGCCUCCUAAAAUGAAGAGAUAGCGAGAACGAAAAGUGGUAUUUGACAUGUGGCAAAAUGGCUUUUAGCAUAUGGCAUUUUUUUGGUAUAUGGCAAAAUGGCUUUUGGAAUACGGCAUUUGACAGUGGGGAUGGUGUGUUCAGGGUGAUGAGCUGUGUUGCUUUUACGCCAAACAUAUCGUUUUGCAUUGUGGCCAAAAAGUUCCAUUUUGGUUUCAUCUGACCAGAUCACCUUCUUCCACAUGUUUGGUGUGUCUCCCAGGUGGCUUGUGGCAAACUUUAAACAAGACUUUUAAUGCAGUGGUCUCAAACCGGUCCUCAAAGGGCCGCAGGGGGUACUGGAUUUCAUUCCAACCAAACGAGACAAAUACCUUUUCACCAAUCUGGUUUCUUACAAGUGUAAUCAGUUGAUUGCAAUCAGGUGCUGCUUAUGUUAGUAGAAACCUCAUUGGUUGAACUGUUUGUGCUGGAUCUGUUGGAACAAAAACCAGGACCCACUGCGCCCCUUUGUGGAGUCGGUUUGAGACCGCUGUUUUAAUGGAUAUCUUUGAGAAAUGGCUUUCUUCUUGCCACUCUUCCAUAAAGGCCAGAUUUGUGCAGUGUACGACUGAUUGUUGUCCUAUGGACACGCUCCCACCUCAGCUGUAGAUCUCUGCAGUUCAUCCAGAGUGAUCAUGGGCCUCUUGGCUGCAUCUCUGAUCAGUUUUCUCCUUGUUUGAGAAGAACGUUUGGAAGGAAGGCCGGGUCUUGGUAGAUUUGCAGUGGUCUGAUGCUCCUUCCAUUUCAAUAUG